CAAAGGUUGAGUCCCACCUACUUCUCACUUUUCUUCUGCAGCCAUUUUCUCCCAUCUGCCUGCUAGUAGCAAACAGCAGCAGAGUUUGGAAUCCUUUUAGAGAGUAACGAUGGCGAACACAUCUGAGAUCUCCUAUGGAGGGACUUUGGAUCCGGCUCUCCGGGAUUUGACUCAGCCUCUUAUUGAUCACGCAGAAGGUCAGCUCUUCUUAAAUGAAGCCUUCAAAAUUAUAGUGGAAGAGGUGCUCCGCAAGGGAACCGAUGCUAAAGAAAAGGUGUGUGAGUGGAGAGAGCCCGACAGUCUGGCUCUGCUGCUGGAUCUGCAGCUGAGGGACACGGGGGAGUCACAAGACAGGCUCCUGCAGAGAGUGAGAGAUGUUGCAAAGUACAGCAUUAAGACAAGUCACCCACACUUCUUUAACCAGCAGUUUGGUGGGGUGGAUUAUCAUUCUCUGGCUGGACGUUUCCUCACUGAGGCCCUCAACACAAACCUCUUCACCUACGAAGUGGCUCCUGUUUUUGUGCUGAUUGAGACGGAGGUCCUCAAAGCCUUGCGUCAACUGGUGGGAUGGACGGAUGGUGAUGGUAUUUUUUGCCCGGGGGGGUCGACCUCAAACAUGUACGCCAUGAACCUCGCACGCUACAAACUCUUUCCAGAGGUCAAGACCAAGGGGCUGUGGGCUCUUCCUCGACUGGCCAUCUUUUCAUCCCCAGGGAGCCAUUACUCUGUGAAGAAAGGGGCUUCGUAUCUGGGCUUUGGGUCAGACAGUGUCAUCUCAGUGAAAGUGGAUGAUGGUGGUCGUAUGAUCCCAGAAGACCUUGAUGAAAAGAUAGAGCUGGCUAAAUCUCAGGGUAUCGUACCACUACUGGUGAGCUGCACGUCAGGCACCACAGUGCUGGGAUCCUUUGACCCCCUGGAUCGCAUAGCUGAUGUUUGUGACAAACACCAGCUCUGGAUGCACGUUGAUGCUGCGUGGGGAGGAAGUGUGCUCUUUUCCAAGCAGCACAGACACCUGAUGAAAGGAAUUGAGAGAGCAAAGUCUGUAUCAUGGAAUCCUCAUAAGAUGCUGCUGGCCGGUCUCCAGUGUUCUGCCUUUCUGCUGCAGGAUACCACGAAUCUCCUGAAGCGAUGCCACUGUGCCAACGCAUCCUACCUCUUCCAGCAAGACAAAUUCUACGACGUGAAUCUAGACAUAGGAGAUAAGUCUGUGCAGUGCAGCCGCAAGGUGGAUUGUCUGAAACUGUGGUUGAUGUGGAAAGCUGUCGGCUCUGCUGGCUUAGAGCAGCGUGUUGAUAAAGCUUUCAUACAUGUGAGGUAUUUAUUGGAGCAGAUGAAGAAAAGGGAUGGAUUCCAGCUUGUGAGCACUCCGGAGUUUGUUAAUGUGUGCUUCUGGUUCAUACCACCAAGUCUGAGAGGGCAGGAGGGAAAUGCAGAUUACCAGGAUAGACUGGCAAAAGUUGCUCCAGUCAUCAAGGAACGCAUGAUGAAGGAGGGUACGAUGAUGGUGGGUUACCAGCCUCUUGGAGACAUCCAGAACUUUUUCCGUGUGACUGUCUUCUCUCCUCAUAUUUCCCAUAAAGACAUGGACUUCUUCCUUGACGAAAUAGAACGACUUGGAAAUUGUUUGUGAUCAUUCUCAGCAUGGGAAUGUGUGUCUCCAUGAGUAUACAGGACUGUGACUAGAACUUUAGGCCUUCAUCAAGCUAGACCAUGAUCACAUUGUUAGUAAUGAUACUACACAUUUGAAAUGUAUUAACAAACAAAUGUAAUGCCACAAACCUUCUUGAAUUAUAAGCAUAUUACAAACUUAAUUUGAUGAAAAUUCAAUGUAUGCAUUCAUAGCUGUAUCAUAUUACUAUGGAAAUAAAUACAGAAUAUUAAAAAAUG